UCUUACAUUAAUUUAAAUCAUAGCUCUCCAUCACUCCACCAAUGACCUCUUCAUGUUUUCGGCCUACUUCACUUAAUUCUCUCCUUGUUUUAAUUUCUUGCUAACAAAUUCAUGAUUAUCAUCAUCACUCCAAAAACCCUCAUUUCCCAUCUCCUUUUUCCAUUUUGAUUUAAUUUCAAGAAUCCCCUUUAAGCCUAAGAAAUGAGAAGAAACUUAGUUUUGUGUUCAUAUGUUAUAAAUCUUGACACCAACCAUAGAAAGAUCUAGGUAGCUACACAUUGUUGGUAAGAUAUUGGGUUGUGGGGAGUAAACAUGAACAUUAUAGGAUCUAUGAAGGAGGAAUUCUUGGGAUCAAGUUCAUUGGAAUUGGAUGUGGGUAGAGGCUACAAUAAUCCUCAAGCUAUGGAGGGUUUACAUGAGGCAGGGCCUCCACCAUUCUUGAGCAAGACAUAUGAUUUGGUUGAAGAUGAGAGCACAAUUGAGAUUGUUUCUUGGAGUAGAGGCAACAACAGUUUCAUUGUUUGGGACCCUCACAAAUUUGCCAUCAAUCUCCUGCCUAAGUUCUUCAAGCACAACAAUUUCUCAAGCUUUGUCAGGCAGCUCAACACUUAUGGAUUUAGGAAGGUGGAUCCAGACAAAUGGGAGUUUGCAAAUGAAGGGUUUUUAAGGGGACAAAAGCAUCUCUUGAAAAACAUAAGGAGGAGAAGAACAUCAUCAUCAAAUCCUGUAUCUUGUAAUAAUUUAGAAUCAUGUGUUGAGGUGGGGAGGUUUGGUCUGGAAGCGGAGGUGGAUCGUCUGAGGAGAGACAAGCAGGUUCUAGUGGCGGAAUUGGUGAAGCUGAGACAGCAGCAGCAGAAUACAAAGGCAUAUCUUCAAGCAAUGGAGCAAAGGCUCAAAGGGACUGAGCAGAAGCAGCAGCAAGCAAUGAGCUUCUUGGCUAGGGCAAUUCGCAACCCGGAUUUCCUGCAGCAGAUUGUGCAGCACAAGGAGAUGAAGAGAGAGAUUGAGGAGGCGAUAGGAAAGAAGAGGAGGAAGAAGAUUGAUCACCAAGAAUUGGUAUUUCAAGAUAGAGAAGGUGGUGAUGAUCAUGGUAACUACAUUAGUUUUGGUGGUGGUGUUAAGGUCGAAGCUCAAAAUUUUGAUGAUUUGAAGGUGGGGAGAAUGGGACACGUGGCACCUCGGCAAUGGCUUGAUUUUGGUGCAGAUGAGCAAGGGUUUUGGGAGGGUUUGAUGAGUGAGGGAGUUAUUGAUGGAGAUGAUGAGGGUGUAGAUGUUUUGGCUAGGCAACUAGGAUUCUAAUCCAAGAUAGAUAGCUAGGAAAUUAACUAGGAUUCUUGGCUUUCAACACCUUAUGAUAAGGUUAAACCUCACUGUUUAUACAUAGUAUUUUUAGUAGUGUCCUAUUUCUUGGGCAAGUUGGACAUGUCUAAAGCCUAAUUAAGUUAGAUUGGUGAGUAUCAUAUACCAGAAGAAAAUUCUAGAUAAUCAUAUGAAAUCAGACCAUUCAAAUGUGUUUAAUUAGGCAUUUAAGCACCCUCUAACUAGAAGUCUAGAACGUUCUUGAACAAUCAAAGUUUGGAAUUAGUUUUUACUGCCUCUCUAGAUUUUACCUAGCCUCAAUUAAUUUUUAAAGUGUGCUGUGUUUUGUCUGAGCUAUAUUGGGAGCAUGAAAUGAUACUCAUUUGUGUUCA